AUGGAACUUCAGAAUAUUGGCUCUAGAAACAACAAUGAUGCUUUCUACAGGUACAAAAUGCCAAAGCUGGCAACCAAGAUCCACGGGCGUGGCAAUGGCAUUAAGACAAGCAUUGUGAAUAUGGUGGAAGUGGCUAAGGCACUUUCACGCUCCCCGGCACAUGUAACAAGGUUCUUUGGCUGUGAGCUUGGCGCACAAUCCAGUUUCAACGACAAAACCAACACUUUCAUUGUCAAUGGCGCUCAUGAAACUCCAAAGCUGUGUGAUCUCUUGGACAGGUUCAUUGAGAAGUAUGUUCAGUGUUACAAGUGCGGAAAUCCGGAGACUGAUAUUCUGCUGGACAAGAUGAUAAGUCUUAAGUGUGCAGCAUGCGGCCACCUUUCCGAUGUGGAUCUCCUCAACAGCAACAAGGUGAUGAAGAAGUUUUACAGUCAGAGCGGCAGCGUUGGAUGCAGCAAGAAAGAUAAAAGGGCUGCCAAAGUGAUUCUAAAGAACCAAAGCAGAAAGAAUGAAAACCUUGAAGAGGAUGACGGAGAUGAUGAUCAUAUUGAGCGGCACGCUGAUGCAGCCCCAGAAGCUGCUCACCAGCGUAUGAAAGAGCAGCUUACUGGAGCUGCUACAUCUAUGACUCUUCCUUGAAUCUAAAUCCUUUAACUUGGAGGCGAU